AUGGAGCUGCUGAUCAUCGCGAUGCUGGUAGUCGGGGCAGCAGCAGACUCAGACACAGAGGGACACCGGAUCAUUGGGGGGAGAAACUGCCUCUUCGGCUCGCGGCCCUACCAGGUGGCUCUCCUGAGGAACGGCCGCAUCUACUGUGGCGGGAGCCUGAUAGCCCCGAAGUGGGUGCUAACUGCUGCGCACUGCAGCAGACGGAUCAGCACUGUUCGGGUGCAUCUGGGGGAUUAUAAUCUACAGGUGAAGGAAGGCACAGAACAGAUACGAAGAAUCCAUAACUUCUUCAUGCACCCUGGGUAUAACCUCCGUCCUCGUGACAACGACUUCAUGCUUCUGGAGUUGGAUAAGCCUGCUCGACUCAACAGCUACGUGAAUACAAUCAACCUGGCUACCUGUUGUCCCUCUCCUGGAACACGAUGCAGUGUGUCAGGAUGGGGCACCAUCAAGUCCCCCCAUAGGCAGUUCCCAGCCAUCAUGCAGUGUGCUGAUCUCUAUAGCAUCAGCCAGGCCAGAUGUCAGGCCAGUUACAGUGGCAGGAUCACGGAGAACAUGCUAUGCGCUGGUGUGGAACAGGGCGGCAUAGGCACUUGCCAGGGCGAUUCAGGAGGCCCACUGGUCUGCCAUGGGAAGCUGCAGGGUGUGGUCUCCUGGGGGAAGUCUGUCUGUGCCCUGCCUGGACAGCCCGGGGUCUAUGCCAAUGUCUGCAAAGCUGCUCAGUGGGUGAGGAGCACCAUAGGGAGGAGGCUCACCAGAUCAGACAGAGAUCACAGGGUUUCUCACCUGCCACAAUAACCCACCAAACACAUGCCCCAGCCACACCUCUCCUUAUCUCACUGCAGCACCUGGGGGAUGCUGAAUGGGGUAGGGGGAGAUGGCCUGGGUGUGAAUGGGAUGGGGGAGCCGUAGUCCACAGCAGCCAAUUGUUAUGAGCCAGGCCUGACAAAAUUCUGAGAUUGGGUUAAAAAUGUGUGACUGGUUUAAAAGGCAUGAAUCAGUGUGAAGAUUGUGAGAUUGCUUUAAAAAUCAUGAGAUCAGCUUGAAAUUCAAAAGAUUGCUUUAAAAAAUCAUGAGAUUGGUUUAAGAUGGAGAGAUUGGCUUAACAGUCAUGAAUCAGCCUGAAAUUCACAGGACUGCUUCAAAAAUCGAGAUGUUGACUUUAAAAAUCAUGAGAUUUGGCUUAGAAUGAUGGGAUCAGCUUGAAAGCCAUGAGAGUGCUUUUGAAACCAUGAGAUUGCUUUCACAAUCAUGAAAUCAGCCUGACGAUUGUGAGAUGGGUUUAAAAAUCAUGAGACUGGAUUAAAAAUUAUGAGACGGGUUUUAAAAUGCCAUAAAUAGCGCAUAGAUAUUUGAUUUGGUCUCUUGCAUUGGUACAGUUGGCAUAAGCGGCUAUAACUGCUCUGAUGUCACGAAAUCUGACGUCUCAUGGAGGUCAAGCUUCAUUGUGCAGUACUACAGCAACAUAGCUAGAGCAAUGGAGCGCCUGUAGUAUAGACAAGCUCCGGGAGUUCAUGCUCAGCUGAUUAUCCACCGCAACCCCCAAAUCUUUCUGACAGUCACCACUUCUCCAGGUAGAGUCCCCCAUCCUCUAAGUCUGGUGGACAUGCUAUGUUCCUGGAUGCAUGCAUUUAUAUGCAGCCAUUUACAUCCCCAUGAAGACUCAGUGACCCAAAUCUCACAUGAUUUUAUGACAUGUCUUGAGGGUGGGUUUGUUUCUUAAAGCCUCAAGCUCCUGGAGUCAUGUGAUUCCAUAAGAAUCUAAGCUUUUGUCGAAAAAAGUCACUUUUUGUAGACUUGGGGUUU